CAUUCGAAAACCUUAUAACAGAGGUGCAACGAGUAACUCAGGCAUUCAGUGUUCAACUUUGUAACCGCGAAGAUGACCGGGAAAGUGGAGUACUACUUUAAGCACAACGACGGAACCCAUAUCCAGGGAAUCGGACUGGGCACCUUCGCGUCGACGGAAGGCGAUUGCGAACGGGCUGUUCUCCACGCGAUUGAUGUGGGCUACCGGCACAUAGACACCGCCUACUUCUACGGAAAUGAGGCCGAAGUGGGUGCGGCAGUUCGGAAGAAGAUUGACGAAGGCGUCAUCAAGCGGGAGGACAUAUUCAUCACCACCAAGCUCUGGUGCAACUUCCAUGAACCGGAAAGGGUGGAGUACGCCUGCCGAAAGACCUUGAAGAACAUUGGCCUGGAUUACGUUGACCUCUAUCUGAUUCACUGGCCUUUCUCCUAUAAAUAUCGCGGUGAUAACGAACUGAUUCCCAAAGAUGCCAAUGGAGAGGUGGAACUUGUGGACAUUGAUUACCUGGACACUUGGGGCGCCAUGGAGAAGUUGGUUGACCUGGGCCUGACCAAGAGCAUCGGAGUGUCCAAUUUCAACGAGGAGCAGCUGACGCGCCUCUUGGCCAACUGCAAAAUCAAGCCAAUCCACAAUCAGAUUGAGGUCCACCCCGCGUUGGAUCAGAAGAAACUGAUUGCCCUGUGCAAGAAGAAUGGAAUCCUGGUGACCGCCUUCAGUCCCCUGGGCAGGCACAAUGCCGAGCUGAGGACGCCCACCUUCAUGUACGAUGGCAAGGUUCAGGCCAUCGCAGACAAGUACAAUAAGUCCAUUGCCCAAGUGCUGAUCCGAUAUGUGAUUGAGCUGGGAACCAUCCCGCUGCCCAAGUCCUCCAAUCCCAAGCGCAUCGAGGAGAACUUCAAUGUCUUCGACUUCAAGCUGGAUGCUGAGGAUCAUGCCAUUCUGGACUCGUAUCACAAUGGAGAGCGUGUUGCUCAUGCUCGACAAGCCAUCAAGAGCAAAUACUAUCCCUUUAACGUGUAUAGUGCUUGUUUUUAAUACAACAAAUAUAUUUAAGUUAUUAUGAUUAAUAAAUUAAUGAAAACCCAUGUACGGGAAUACCCAAAAGCAA